AAUCCUACCGAGUAUCACCACCUCCUUUUCGAAAUGAAAUCGUCUCGCUCAUAAUUACAAUUCAUUAUCGGAUCAACCAAAAUCUGGACCCUAAUUUAUUAGGGUUUUCUAAUUUUAUGAUACCGAAAUCUUAUUUGAUCUUCUUCUCCUGAAAUUGACUCAUCUUUACUGGAAUUAUUCAUUUCGAUCAAUCCAAUUGAUCUGUAUAUACAUAAAAGGAAAACCCUAUUUUGAUAAAUUUCUGUUACCUUCUGGUUCUGUUGUUGUGAUUUCUUCUUCAAUGGCGGAUCAAGAGGAAGAGGACUUGAGAAUGGCUUUAAGGAUGAGUAUGCAAAACUCACCUCCAGAACCUAAGCGAAGCAAGCCUAGGGACCUCGCCGGUGCCCCGGUGGCUUCGCCAGAGGAAUCCCGGCGGCAACAGCGAGAGCUCAGGGCUGCGGCAGCUGAGAAGCGGAUGCUUGAGGCGAAAAUCGCCUCGCCUUCGAAAGCCACCGAUAGAAGCCCAGGUAAGAGCAAGGAUGUUGGUAAAAAAAAGGAGGAUUUUGGCGCGAAGGAGUGUAAUAGGGGGAAAGAACUAUCCGGCGAGGAGGCGAAUCAGUUGUUCUCAAUGGUUUUUGGGAGUGUUGUUUCGAAGGACAUUCUAGCACAAUGGAGUAAUCAAGGCAUAAGGUUUAGCCCUGAUCCAGAAACAUCUAUGGGCCUAGUGCAGCAUGAAGGUGGUCCCUGCGGCGUCUUGGCAACCAUACAAGCAUUUGUUCUCAAAUACCUUCUUUUCUUUCCAGAUGAAUUGGGUAAAUUUGCACCAAACAUGCCACAGAAUUUGGGUUCCGGAAGACUGACUAAAAGUCGGUAUGUUGCAUCGAAUAAUUUUACUUCUCCAACUGAAGAUACAAAAGCAAGAGCCCUGGUCAGAAGUAUGUGUGAGAUAUUGUUUCUAUGUGGAAGUAAUGAGAGGGCUGUGAUUGCUACUUUGAAAGCUAUUGGCUGUGACACUGAGGGAUCUGCAAAAGAUGAGACCAUUGCACAAGCGCUUGAGGAUCUUUCAAUUGAAUCAGCAUCUGAUUUGCAUAAAAUUCUAAGAAUUGAAACACACACAUCACAAGCAAGCGUGAUGCAGAGGCUCCAAGUGAUGAUUCCUGUCUUCCAAUCCCGUAUGGGGGCCCUGCUAUUCCUUAUCUCUUCACUACUGUCUAGAGGAUUGGAUACAGUUCAAGCUGACAGGGAUGAUCCAAGCCUUCCUUUGGUCACUGCACCUUUUGGACAUGCCUCUCAGGAAAUUGUGAAUCUACUGCUCUGUGGCCAGGCUGUUCCUAAUGUGUUUGAUGGUAGAAUGGACUUAGGUGGUGGCAUGUGUCUAAGGGGCAUAUCCACAAGUGUGGAUGUUGGAUUUCUUACUCUGUUGGAAUCCCUGAAUUUCUGUAAGGUUGGCCAACAUCUAAAAUGCCCUAAAUGGCCUAUAUGGGUUGUUGGAAGUGAGUCUCACUAUACUGUUCUAUUUGCUCUUGAUACCACUGUUCAAGAUGAGAAUGAGCUGGAAGAAAGGGAGUCACAGAUUCGGAAAGCUUUUGAUGCACAAGACCAAAGUGGUGGUGGAGGCUUUAUUAGUGUGGAAGGCUUCCAUCAAGUCCUCAGGGAAACUGUUAUCAGACUUCCUCCUGAGAAAAUUGAUCACCUUUGCAGUGCAGGCUUUAUUGUAUGGAGCGAGUUCUGGCAGGUCAUUUUGGAUUUGGACAAGAGUUUGGGAGGCCUAAAGGAUUCAAGUGGAUUGAUGGGUAAAAAGGUGUUUGAUCUUUACCAUUUUAAUGGCAUAGCAAAAUCUGAUUUAAAUGGCAGUCACAUGGUCUUAGGAGGUGAGACACCAGUGCAGAGACCUAGGCUAACAAAGCUCAGGGUUUCAGUUCCACCAAGAUGGACUCCGGAGGAAUUCAUGGCAGAUGUGGCAGUGCCUUCUGGUUCUGGGGGAAAUGGAUCAGUUAGUAAUGAUACUGAAGUGACAAAACCUAAGCCUUCUCAACAUGCACCUUUGGUAGACUGCAUAAGAACGCGCUGGGCCCGUGCUGUUUGCAAUUGGGUGGGGGAUCCUCCUAGCAUAGUCUGAAGAAUGCUUAUUUAUCCUAUUUGGGAUCCCUUCGUGUCCUGUUGUUGUUGGCCAGAGAGCAAUCAAAGCAGCAGAAGUGCGGUCAUUGCCCCUUGAGGCAUGAGAGUUAUAGUUUUCGUGGUUCAUCUGUCUUGAGUAUGUGCAACCCCAUUUUCCACCAUUUAUUGUUGUAGCUUUCUUAUUUUAGUUCGAUUUUGAUGUCAGAUACCGGAGGGAGAGAGGGAUAUUUUUCCAUAUUUAUUGAUGAUCCAAUGUGUAAAAUCCAUUCAUAUUUACCUGUGUUGAUUAGGGAAAGUUUUCUGCAAGGAAAUGUUAAUAAUAACUGAUAUGGGUUCUUGGUGUUGAAUACGCUGUUAACAGUUAAAUUUCGUCAUUCUAGGAAUGCAAAUGGAUUACCUCAA